AUGGACAACCUUACACCGUCUGAUCUGUUCUCGCCCUCAAAAGCCCGGCAACAGCGUGCAAGAGCACAGGAUUGGGCGCACAUAGACUCAUGGCUGUCGUACAAAUAUGCUGGGCGCACAGUGCCGACAUUUGAGCGCAACGAAGAGACGCUGAAGGUACUGCGCGAGUUGUCCAUGGCGAAUGAAAGGGCAGACGAAGAGCGUGCAAUAAUAGAGCGUGUAGAAAGAGAAGCGCUGAAGGAGAUGGACGAGGUCGCCACCAACCCCUCUGACGCGCAUAUCCUCUCCACCGUCCGCGCACACCUCACGCCAGAGGGGGCAGUGGCCCUCACCGCGCUCGCAUCCACCACCAUCGCCCUCUCGACACCGACGCCAGACCCCCAAACUCUCGCCCACGCCCUGAUCUCCCACACCACCGCAACGCAGAACCUCUCCAACCAACUCACCCACAUCCAGACCCUUCAACAAUACCUCGCAAAGCAACACACACUCCUCCGCGCCCAACUGAACGAGCUACAAACAAACCCGUCCUUCUCCGCUCCCUCCUCCCUGCAGCGCCAAACCAUCGAGCAGACCCGGCAGACCAAGCACCUCCGCUCCAAGAUCCGAGAAGCAGAGUCGCAGCUGGCUUCUCUUCAGUUGUCACACGCGCGCGCCAUGACGCCCGGAAGCAAGCAUAUAGCGUCUGCCGAGGCGAUAACAGACAUGCUGGAGCAACAGCGAGCGCUGGAGGAGCUGAGGGACAGGGUCGAGGCGUUGGAAGGCGAGGUUGAGGAGUUUGGUGGGCUGCCGGCGGACCUGGGGGCUGCGAGGAAAGAAGUGGGGAGACUGGAGGUUAGGUGUGAUGAAGUGAGACGGAGGAGAGACGAGCUGUUUGAGGGUUUAGUGGGGUGA